GCCAAUCGGUACGCUGAGUGGUUGAAGUGGGUGGAGUUAUGUUUAGCAGCUGACGGGAGCGUGCGCUUAAUACCUUCCGAGCGCGUUCACGUAGGGACGAGCCCAGUCUGCCGUCGGUAACCGGCUGGUGUCGAGUGCAGCCCAGCGAGUGAACCGGGCAGAUCAUCCAACCCGUGCACAAUCAUCAUGGCUUUCAGUAAAGGAUAUCGGAUCUUUCACAAACUGGAUCCACCCCCGUUCAGUGUCAUUGUGGAGGCAAGAAACCGAGAGGAGUGUCUCAUGUUUGAGUCUGGAGCAGUUGCAGUUCUGUCAUCUGCUGAAAAAGAAGCAAUAAAGAACAGUUACACUAAAGUUAUGGAUGCGUAUGGAAUACUGGGAGUUCUGAGAUUAAAUCUUGGAGACUCGAUGUCAUAUUAUCUAGUGCUGGUAACUGGGUGUAUGUCAGUAGGCAAAAUCCAAGAUUCUGAGGUCUUCCGGGUGACUUCCACGGAGUUCAUUUCACUGCGAAUGGAUCCUAUGGAUGAAGAUCGCAUGUCAGAAGUGCGCAAAGUAUUAAAUUCUGGCAGUUUCUAUUUUGCUUGGUCUUCUACCGGAGUUAGCUUAGACCUCAGCCUCAAUGCUCACCGAAGCACCCAGGAGCACACAACAGACAACCGGUUUUUCUGGAACCAGUCUCUUCAUUUGCACCUGAAGCAUUAUGGUGUGAACUGUGAUGAAUGGCUGCUACGUCUAAUGUGCGGGGGAGUGGAGAUUAGGACUAUUUAUGCUGCGCACCAGCAGGCCAAAGCCUGUAUUAUUUCCCGUCUCAGCUGUGAAAGAGCAGGUACUAGGUUCAAUGUACGAGGAACAAAUGAUGAUGGCCAAGCUGCUAACUUUGUGGAAACUGAACAGGUCAUAUACCUUGAUGAUUGCGUCUCUUCCUUUAUACAGAUUCGGGGUUCUGUGCCUUUGUUUUGGGAACAACCAGGCUUGCAAGUGGGAUCGCACCGCGUUAGAAUGUCAAGGGGAUUUGAAGCCAAUGCACCAGCUUUUGAUAGACAUUUCCAGACUUUGAAGCGGCUUUAUGGAAAACAAUAUAUAAUAAAUUUACUAGGAUCAAAGGAAGGCGAGACCAUGCUGAGUAGAGCCUUUCAGAAUCAUUUAAAAGCCUCCGAGCAUGCAGGAGCUGUCCAAAUGAUGAACUUCGACUAUCAUCAGAUGGUUAGAGGGGGCAAAGCAGAGAAGCUGCACAGCGUUUUGAAGCCUAAAGUUAACGCUUUCUUGGAGGAGUGUGGAUUUUUCUUUCUUGACAAGAAUGGAGUUCACAGGACUCAAAGUGGUACUGUUAGAUCCAACUGCCUUGAUUGUCUGGAUAGAACCAACAGUGUGCAAUCAUUCUUAGGUCUAGAGAUGCUGUUAAAGCAGUUAGAAGUUCUAGGCUUGGCUGAAAAACCACAACUAGUCACACGUUUCCAAGAAGUCUUUCGUUCCAUGUGGUCAACAAAUGGAGACUCAAUAAGCAAGAUUUACGCAGGCACCGGUGCCUUAGAAGGAAAGGCUAAGGGUGGAAAGCUGAAAGAUGGAGCACGAUCUGUCACCCGAACCAUUCAGAAUAAUUUUUUUGAUGGCUCCAAACAAGAAGCGAUAGAUGUUUUGCUUCUGGGAAAUACCCUAAAUAGUGAUCUAGCUGACAAAGCAAGGGCCCUUCUGACCACUGGAAGUUUGCAUGUGUCAGAACUGAUGCUGCAGUCAGCAUCCUCAAGAGUCCUACGCUGCAUGUGUGAGAAUUAUUAUAGGUAUGCAAAGCCGAGGAAAAUCCGUAUCUGUUCUGGCACUUGGAAUGUCAAUGGUGGGAAGCAAUUCCGAAGCAUUGCUUUCAAGAAUUCAACACUGACAGAUUGGCUGUUAGAUGCACCAAAAAUUGCCGGGAUUCAAGAAUUCCAAGAUAGACGGAGCAAGCCGAUUGACAUAUUUGCCAUUGGAUUUGAAGAAAUGGUUGAAUUAAAUGCAGGAAACAUUGUUAAUGCAAGCACAGCAAACCAAAAGCUGUGGGCUACAGAAUUACAGAAGACCAUAUCAAGGGACCAUAAAUACGUACUCCUGGCAUCAGAACAGCUUGUAGGUGUGUGCCUCUACAUCUUCAUUAGACCCCAGCAUGCACCGUUUAUAAGGGAUGUUGCAGUUGAUACGGUUAAGACCGGCAUGGGUGGAGCUACAGGAAACAAAGGAGCUGUUGCCAUACGGAUGUUAUUGCACACAACCAGCCUGUGCUUUGUCUGUAGCCACUUUGCAGCAGGGCAAUCUCAGGUCAAAGAGAGAAAUGAAGACUAUAAUGAAAUAGCCCGGAAACUCAGUUUUCCAAUGGGAAGAAUGCUGUUUUCCCACGACUAUGUAUUCUGGUGCGGAGACUUUAAUUAUCGGAUUGACUUGCCAAAUGAAGAUGUUAAGGAAAUGAUCCGAAAUCAAAACUGGGAUUCUCUUAUUUUAGGAGAUCAGCUGAUCAAUCAGAAGAACAGUGGGCAGGUUUUCCGGGGGUUUCAAGAGGGAAAAGUUAACUUUGCACCCACAUACAAGUAUGAUCUGUUCUCAGAUGACUAUGAUACGAGUGAGAAGUGUCGUACUCCAGCAUGGACAGACCGUGUCCUCUGGAGACGAAGGAAAUGGCCUUUUGACAGAUCAGCUGAAGAUUUAGAUCUUCUAAAUUCGAGUUUACAAGAAGGCAGAAAUUUUCCAUAUACCUGGAAUCCAGGUACUUUAUUGCACUAUGGCAGAGUUGAGCUGAAAACUUCAGAUCACAGGCCAGUUGUGGCUCUAAUGGAAAUAGAUAUAUUUGAAACUGAUGCAGAAGAGCGGCAGAACAUUUAUAAGGAAGUGAUUGCAUCCCAGGGGCCACCGGAUGGCACAGUUAUGGUCUCCAUAGCGAGCAGGUCGCCUGAAGGGAACUAUUUUGAUGAUAACUUGAUUGAUGAGUUGCUCCAACAGUUUGCAGGCUAUGGAGAAGUCAUACUUAUAAGGUUUGUUGAGGAUAAAAUGUGGGUCACUUUCCUGGAAGGAGGCUCAGCGCUUGCUGUUCUAGGCUUAAAUGGUGUUGAGGUACAGGGAAAAACAAUCCAUAUUCAGAUGAAAAACCCUGACUGGAUGGUAGAGUUGGAAGAGCAAAUCAAUUUGGAAAGGAUAAGUCUAAAUAUGCCUUCUUCGACAAGCUCAACUCUGCUCGGAGAAGAUUCCGAAAUUUCUGCAGACUAUGACAUGGAAGGAGACAUUGAUGAUUACAGUGCAGAGGUAGAAGAAAUCCUUCCGCAGCAUUUACAACCAUCUUCAUGUUCUACUCUGGGAUCAUCCCCUAGUUCUUCUCCUCGCUCAAGCCCCUGUCCGUCACCAACAAUGCCAGAAGGCCCUCCUCCAUCACUCCCUGUACGUCCAAGUCGUGCCCCUCAGAAAACUCCAGGACCCCCUGUUUCUUCAUCUCAAGCUUCUCCAGUGGAAUUUCAGCCAGUGGUACAACAGAAUUCAUCAUUAACUCUAGAACCAAAACGUCCACCACCUCCCCGCCCUGGAGUGCCACCUGCACGACCAGCACCCCCACAGCGCCCACCUCCUCCAUCUGGGGCUAGGAGUCCUGCGCCAGUUAGAAAGGAGGUUGGAGGAGCUCCUCCAAGCCCAGGAGUAGCUCGGAGAGAUGUCGAAGUAAGAGGCCAGACUCCUUCACAGAUGGGACCCCCAGCAAAUGCCCCAUUGAACUCAGUUAGACCUACUAUUCCUCCACGUGCUGGUGUUAUCAGUGCUCCACAAAGCCUUGUUCGGCCAGUUCCAGUUCGAUCGACCCCUGAAGUAGCAAGUAACAAGCCCAAUGAACCUGCAAGAGGUGGUUUGUUACUUCCUGAGCCCUUGAAGCCUCAACCUGCAGCUCCUCUUCAGUCCAGUCCAAAUUCCCAACCACCCUGCCAAAAACUGCCUGAACCUAUUCUACCUACAGCAGUACAGACCACAUCUCAGACUUCACCCUUACAACAAAACCUUGAUCCUCCUCCACUGCCUCCUCCAAGGAGCCGCUCCUCCCAGAACCUGCCCUCUGACCAAAAUGCUUCUCAGCAGCUUCCAGCAGACGGAGUGAUUGGCUUUAAAAGCCAGUUCGACAAUGAUGCUUUUGUGGACUUUUCAUUUGAUCACCUUCCAAAUUCAAAGCUUCAGGCUCCGGUUCUCGUAUCCUCCUCAAGCCAAAAGGAGUCAUUUAAGUUGCCUUCUGCUCUGCAAAAUAAUUUGAGUGGCGUAAAUUGCAUGGCUACAUUGCCUCCCAUCCCAGCUCGUACAGGACUCCAAGACAGCACUCGCAUUUCACCAAACCCUUUUGUAAACAGGGUCAACACCAUCAGCCCGACCAACCCAUUCACAGAGAGAUCUAAUGCUGGUAAUCCUUUUGCCAUCCCAGAAAUACCCGCAGAUAAUCCACAGUCCCUUCAAACAAGAACUUUAGAUCAGUUUAGUUCUACCAGUGAACCGGAACUUCUGCACAGCAAACCAACCUUUACACUGGGUCCUAUUGAAAAAAGCCUUUCACUACCAAACAAGUCGUACUCGGUUACGGGCGCCAGUCAGAAAGGUUGGAUGACCUUUGAUGACGAUCACUUCGCAGCCAAAAUGAACAAGCCGUCUGGCAAUGGUUUGGUGAUGGAGCAUGUUAGUUCGGAAAACGAUCUGCUCCAGUUGGGGUCUAGUAAUGACUGGAGUUCCACCUCCACUGCUUCCUCCCAUACGUUGCCGCUAAGGAAGCCCCCCGCUGUACCACGUGUUCCACCUCGAACAAAACUUGAACAGCCAUCCACCAAAUUCCCACCAAACAACUCGCCAAUACUGGAGUUUACAGAUCGGUAAUGUGUUGCUGUUUGCAAUAAAAUUAUUUCUUUGUUAAAUCCAUAGUUAUUUUUAUGUGAACUAAAAAACCACUAUUGUAUACUUGUGUAUAUCUUGCUUACAUUUCAAUAUGUCAUGCUCUCCAUGUACAUUGAUGUUGGACUUUACAGUAAAGUGUGUUUUUUUCCCCCCCAAUGUAUUUAUGCAGAAACGAACACUGCUACUCUACCAAUUAAUCCUUUGAAAGACAACUCAUUGCAAUGCCUGUGCUUCAUAACCAGCGUUCUAAGCCAUACGAUGGUUCAAGUAACCGGUUAAUCGCUCAGUAUAACAGAAUAAUUGACAUUCUCAAACCA